GUUGCCACACUUUGAAUCACCUGGUGCUGCCAGACUAUUUUCCGGCCACGUGCGGCUUUUGUUAAACUAAUAACAAAUAGUUAACAACAAAUAGCUGUCAAGAUGCAGGACAACACGCCGCCGCACCGCCCAGAUAUCGAGUACAGCGACGACGAGGUUCUGGAGGAGAUCGAACUGGAGGACGGAGGGGAGGAUGAAGAGUUCGACGAGGUGACACUGGAGCAGCUGGAGGAGCGCCUGGGUGGACUGGGCGAUGACGACGACGAAGAUGACGAGGAGGAGCGACGUGACAUGGAGCGCAUAGCGCGCCUGACCGACCAGGCGGAGGUCACCUUCCGACAGCACAAGGCCCCGGUCUUUGCCUGCAGCCUGCAUCCGACGUACAACUGGGCGGUGACCGGCAGCGAGGACGAUCGUGCCUAUGUCUGGGACACCACCACGGCGGAGGUGCUGCACGAGAUCACAGAGCACAAGGACACCGUCACGGAAACUCACUUCAGCCACGACGGCGCCUACUUGGUUACCGGCGACAUGGCCGGCGAGUUGUUCGCCUUCAAGGUCAGCGAGCAGGGUGAAGAGCGGCCAAUUCUGACCAAAGUCUGGGAGUACUCCAUGAGCGACAUGUCCUGGCUUUUCUGGCACCGGGCUGCGCACAUCCUUCUGGCCGGCAGCGACAGCGGCGACAUCUACGUGUGGCGCAUUCCCGGUGGCGACUGCAAGAUUCUGCCGGGUCAAUCGUCGCGCUGCGAGUCCGGGGAGCUGAGUGGCGACGGCAAGAAGCUGUUCACCGCCUACCUGAACGGGCAUGUGAAGCUAUGGGACCUGAAGACCUGCCAGGUGCUGAUGGAGGUCAACGAGCAGCAUCCCCUUGGUUUUGGUGAGAUUACGCACGCUGUGGUGGCCUGCGAAAGGGAGUCGCCGUUCUACAUCUGCGCCGAGGGAUCGGGCAAGAUCCUGUUUUGCACCAACAAUGGUCCUGUGAGCACAGUGCAGUCGGAGCAUGGCGUGGAGUGCCUGGCCUUUGCUCCCGCCAACUCGGAUCUCAAGCUCUUUGCCUGCGGAUCGCUGGAUGGAGAAAUAUCCAUUUGGGACUAUGCCAAGACAUCGCUGCGAACAGUGUGCGAGACUCCAGAUAAGAACGAUGGUGUCCUUCGCAUAAAAUGGCUGAACGACCACACCAUAUUGGCAGCCACAUCGCAGGGCAACCUGAAUGCCUUUGAUGCUCGCACGGGAUCCCUCAAGUUCAAGCUGACGGGUCACCAUUACCACAUCUACGAGUUCGUUUACAGACCACAGGAUAACCUACUGCUUACGGUCUCCGAGGACCAAAUGGCCAAGAUAUUCAGGGUGCCACCGCUGGGCGAUUAGUUAGGACUUUUAAAUGUUGGACAUACAUACAUACUGUAUAUGUAAAUAUAGGAAAUACAUACAAAAA